CACAACCAGUAUUCUGUCAGCUCACCACCAAGUGAUAGCAAGACUUUGGAUAACUAGGAUUUCAGCAUUCUGAAGUGAUUGUCAGACUUUUGAACGUGGACAAAAGCUUAUAAACUGUCAGGUUCUAUCAUCUGAUGGCAGACCAACCCCUGAUUGACUGGGAUAGUGAUCUCUGUGACUGCUGCGAGGAUGCACAGACAUGUUGCUAUGGUUUCUGGUGCGGGCCAUGCCUUGCCUGCACUGUUUCAGGCAGAUUUGGAGAGAGCCGCUGGCUCCCCUUAUGUGACAUGUGUGUUGAUAAAAUGAUCUCUCCAGCAGCCCUGUCUCUAAGAGUUGCCAUGAGACACAAAUAUGGUAUCAAGGGUUCACUUUGCAAGGAUAUUGUUGCGACCAGCUGCUGCCCAAUAUGUGUCUGGUGUCAGAUGUACCGCGAGUUAAAACAUCGCAAAAAGUCCCCCGUCGUCAUCAACAUGGAGGUGCAAUCUCCUGUCAACAUGCAGCCUCAUCCAAUGAUGGCAGCUCCUCCUCAGCCUGUUUUCAACAGAUAAGCA